AUAGGCGCGGCCAUGUUGGUCUGUAGUGAAUAAAAUCAAGAGAAUUCGUUUUUAGGGAAAUAAAAUUGACACAAUAUGCCCAAAUGCGAUCUCAAAACGAGAUACAUCCCCGCGACAUUCGCCUGGACCUUGCUUUUGGGCACGACAUCACUGUUUUUUUAUUUUCCCUGCCAGUAUUAUCUCUACAAGCACCCAUGGAUUCCUGCAUACCAAGGUGUUAUAACAUUUUUUGUUUUGGCCAAUUUUACACUGGCCACUUUCAUGGACCCGGGAGUUAUACCCAAAGCUCCACCUGACGAGGAUCGCGAGGAUGACUUCCGAGCACCGCUGUAUCGUAGCGUGGAGAUAAACGGCAUAACGGUGCGCAUGAAAUGGUGCGUCACCUGCAAGUUCUAUCGACCGCCGCGGUGCUCCCAUUGCUCCGUGUGCAACCACUGUAUAGAAACUUUUGACCACCACUGUCCGUGGGUGAACAACUGCAUCGGACGGCGGAAUUACAGAUUCUUCUUUUUCUUUCUCAUAUCAUUAUCCAUACACAUGCUGAGUAUAUUCGGCCUCAGUUUGUACUACAUCAUGAACAAUAACAAGACGCUCACGCAAGUUGAGCCCAUUGUAUCAAUGGUAAUAAUGGGUAUAAUCGCACUCUUAGCGAUACCAAUAUUCGGUUUGACGGGUUUCCAUAUGGUACUUGUAUCGCGGGGUCGUACCACUAACGAACAAGUGACGGGCAAGUUCACGGGCGGUUACAACCCCUUCUCUAAGGGAUGCUGGAACAAUUGUUGUUAUACGCAAUUCGGACCACAGUACCCUAGCCUGGUCCGUCCGUCGAGGUACAUCUACAAGAGCGGCAAGAAGCGGCGCGGCGCGGCCGGCGCGGCCAUCGCCACGAUCGCGGACGCGCCGCACGCGCACGCGCACGCGCAGGUAAAGACGUACACCGCGGACAACGGCGCCGCGCUGCGGCCGCUGGGCGCGCACGCGCACUACAACAAGCUGUCCCCGGGACGCGAGGAGCACGAAGGUGAACUCGAAGGGCCGGGGGCCUCUCAGUCGGCCGACUGCGAGCCCACGCCUCCGCCCCUGCAGCGCCGGGGCUCCGCUGCGAACCUGUUUCCCCCCGCGGAGCACCACCACCUACCGCCCCGGCCGCAUCACUAUCCGAGGCUUAGUCCGCUUUCUAGGAAUACUAGUCACGGCGGCACAACGACGUCAGGGUACCGGGUGGUUAUGGAACCCAUUCGAUACGAAACGGGGUCUAAUGGGGGAGCGAGACCCUCCCCAACCAUGCAACAGAGAAUAAAACAGCUAGGGGUGCCAACCCCCCUCGCUGUCACCAGCCCUGUGCGGAGGUCCAACCCCGGCACGCCGACCCAGCCGCGCCGGCCCGACUUCAUUGGCGUGCGAGGUUCUCCGCAACGCCGCUUCCUCUCCGAGGGCGAGCUACUGCGCGACGCGAGAGACGUGCGCGAACUGGCCGCGUCACCGCAGCGCGGCAACUACCAGUGGGCGGAGCGACCGCCGCGACGCCCAGCCCCCACACAGGCCCCACCCACAAAUCCCCCCGUCCCUCGCCCCGCGCGCCCCCUUUCCUUCAUCCGCGCUCUCGAAGUACAGGACCAGCUUGAACGCGCCCCGCCCCCCGACCCGCCCGACCGCGCCUCCGUCUACGACUGCAACUACGAGAUCUCCGUGUGAGCCUUUUGACUCCCUAUUCUAGGAAUAGGCCAGUUUAAAACUGAUUCGCCCGCCACCGACUCCGGUGAUUCCGAAGAUCGCAGGCGUCCAGCCGGGGAAAGUUGGACGUUAAUUUUAUAUUUAUGUAUAUUUGUGAGCGAUUUGUGACGUCGAGACGCUUAUGUUUUUUUUAAGUCCGAAUUCGAUGUGUAAAUAGUCCCCAGUGUUGUGAUUUCGUGAUGUCGUAAUGUCGUAAUAUUUUAGAGACCGAUGCGAGUGGAGCCCGGUGUCGUUACGGAUGUGUUCCUCGCGAUUCGAGACGGGAAUCGACUGAGUCGUUAAUCUGCCUCAAUUUAUUUUAGAUAGCUGAGAUUCAAUUGCGCGCAAAAACUUAUUGUAUUCGAUUGACGCUGACUGUUGUUUUUAAAAGAAUUUAUGUAACUUAUUGAAGAUGAAAUUGGCGAUAAACACUGAAAGUUGUAAAAGGAAUUUGUGCCAAAUAUUUUGUAGCCAGGAGUAGAUAAGGCAGUAAUCUUAUUUCAGUUCCUAAAAAUAGUUUUUCUUUUAUUUCUUGCUUGCGAUGACGCGUCGAAGACAACGCAUUUAGUGUGGUCUUUCUUAUUUUAAGAUGAAAAUAAAAAUGUUUAAAAUUAAAGGAAAAGAAAGAAAAAUAAAUUAUUAAUCAAGCUUUUUAAAAUAUUUGAAUCUCCAACUUAUUGACUUACUGAUUAUUGAUUCUCUGAUUUAUAAACUUUCGACUUCAUUUAAAAAAGAAUGUUUCUGGACUUGUCUUGUUUGGAUAUAAAAAAUAAUAUCAAUAUAACGAUACAUAUUUCAUUUCUUGUAUAUUUUGGGAACAUUUCUGAAACUGACCCAAGAUCUCAUUUUUUAUAAAUUCACGAUUCGUACUUAGAAGAUUGACUUUUAUAUACAAAUGGUAGGUUUGGGAAAGAAUUGUCCUGAAAGUGCAAAAAAAUAUAUAAAUCUGUCUGAAUUUUGGUAAAAUGUCAAGCGUUUGAAAAGUUCUGAUUGUAAUCUAUUUAUGUGUAUUUCUGCAAUCUUUUAAUAUAAUUUGCCUCGUGUAAUAUUUACUUAUGAAACCAAAUUGAGACUGGCAACACUUGAAUGCCUCGGUUAUUGAUAAAAUGAUAAUUAAUAAUAAAAAAAUUAUACCCGCGUGUGAAAGAUUCAGUAUCGAUUUUAUAAAUGUUAGAUUUUUUUAUUAUAUGUAUUUUUUUUUGUAAAUAAAUUAAGAUAUUUAUUGUACUUUAUCAUAAAAAUGUACCAAGUCAUUAGGUAAAUAAAAACUUUUAUUGAUUUGUUCAGUCAUAAAGUCAUCAACGCAUUGGAGAUUUUUGAGAAGACAUACUUUUAAUUAAUAUUUACUUUUGCUCAUGUAAAUCGAUUAAGAUAUUUAUGAUUUUAAUGCGAAAGUAAAAAUUACCCCACUCGACAGUUAACGGGGUAACUAUUUAAAAAAGAAACAUAAUGAUAUUGCGUGCAAAAAUAAAUGUUAUCUUUGCAAUGGUAAAUGCAAGAAGUAAUAACCAUUCAAAAUAUGUACAGGACUCACUAAGACACAAAAUAUGAAUAACGCAGCUAGUUUACAAUAAAAUCUUCAAUGUGUUGUUUCAACAUGAUAUGGUACAACCGUUCGUUGUUAAUUUCAAUAAGAAGUCCUUUGUAAAUAUAAUAUAUUGAUCGACUAGGAUUUGUACAAUAUAUAGAUAGUUACGUUAAUGUUUUUUUUUAGAUUUAGAACGAAACACAAAUGUAACUUCUUAUUAUAUAUACCUAUAAUAUUAAAAUUCAUGUUUGAAUGUACAGGUUGAUUGACACUUCUAUGUUAUAAGAUUAUGUAAAUAGUUCGUAUUAAUUAUAUAAGAUAUCAAAGUAUAUAAUGUGUAAUGUUAAUGUUGUAUAUGUUGUGUCUUUUAUUCGUGUAUUUGUUCACGGUGCCAGUAACUAGUAUCGUUUCUCCUGUAACGACAUAUCAGUAGAAUUCUUUUUUGAAGUAAAACUUCUUUACUCUCGCUCGACUUGGGUAGCUGGUGAAUGCGUGACGAUAACGUUACGAAAAGUGUGAUCGGGCGAUGCGAACAGAAGUUGAGUGGGAGAUAUGUCAGUGAAGAUGGAAAGAGAGAGAGUUAUGUUUCGUAUAUUACUGUAGGUGCAAGAGUGAGAGGUGCGAGUACACAUUUUCUUUCUCUCAUUCUCAUAAUUUGAAUUAUUGUUAUACAUAAAGAUGGAGCUAAAGAAGUUUUACUUCGGUCGUGUGGUCUACAGCACACUCGUUUUUUUAUGUUCAGGGUACUGACUACAGCUUAUUAAAGCCAAUGUUUCACAGCUGUUAAAUAAUCUUUAGCUCGUUUCAGAUAUUCACUUAAUUAUGCGAACAUUAUUUUCUUGGAUACAUAAAAACUCUAUCUUUUUUUUAAAUAAAAUAGUUAAUAAGAGAAAUUCAAUAAUAAAGUCAGUUAUUAUUUUUAUAUUAGUAAGAGUGCAAUGUUAGUUAUAAUGCCAAAGUUAUAUAUUGAAGCUAUCUAUAUUUAUAUUAUAUUUUUGCAAUAAAUUAUGUAUUUAAUUUUAAUGUACUCUGUAGUGUGGUACCCUUAAAGCCUUAAAUUGUUAAAAAAUGCAAAGGCCUAGCAAUCAUUACUUUACUGACAAGUUUGGCACAGUUGGGUAAUUAGUUAUUUUUAAAAACAUUUAAUUUUACACUUACUGAAGUAUUAAAGCCUUUUUAACUGGUUGUAGAUAAUGUUUUUAGACAAAUGACGGUAACUAGCAGAUAAAAGCUUAAGGUAUAUUAUUCUUUUUUACCGUCUAAUUCGACAAUAUUUUUAAGAUAUUACUACUCGCAAAUGUGAAACAAAAAAUUGUAGUUGAUUGUGGAAAAAUAGGUCUUAAUGACCUAAUUUACCCCCUGCUGUUAAAGUUUAUUCGUGACUUAUGUGUAGGAUAAACUACCUACAACCGGUUAAACAGGCACUUAGUGAUGAUUAUUAUUAAAAUAUACAGCAAAUUUAAGAAACCGAUUACUUCUUUAUCCUUCCAUUACGUGAAGAGUUCUUUCUUCAUAUUCUCACAUUCCGUUUCAAGACUUCAAGCUUUAUUUUAUCUGCCAUGUUGCGUACUUAAUUUACGCAUUUUUUUGUCGUUUUUCAUAUUUUUAUUUAUUAGUCUUAGAACAUUAAGAAUUGACAACAUUUUAGUGCAUUUGUUCGUUUUGCAGCUCCGACACAUUUUUACACUAACCAAAGACAUUUAAUUGUUUUUAAUUUACCUUCUUUUAAAAUAAUGACAAUGGACUGUUUGUUGUUGAUUCUUCGUUUUCUCAUUGGGUUCAUUGUUAUAAUUAUAGUUUUAUUACUUUUUUUAAAGUAACAUAAAUUUUAAAAUAAAUAUGGCUAACACGGCUGUAUUAAAAGCUUCCGUUGAACGAUAAUUGGACGUCAUAAGUAUUAUUUUGAUUAGUUUUUUUUUGUGUACACAGUUUUGUCUAUUCACUGUAAAAAUAAGAUUUAUAAGAGUUACAAAGGUAGAUUUUAGUGAUUUGACAUUAUUAUAGCUCAAAAUGUGUCUGGAGGUCGAGUCCUGUUAGUAGUCUACCGGCGUUGUAUAGACUAACAUGUAUAUUUAUAGUACCUCCUCAGAAAUCGUUAUUACCUACGUGUAUGUGACAGUGUUUUAUUUUUGUAUUUUGAUAAAAUUUGUGUAAAUAA